AUGCCUGGAAUGGUAUCUCGGAUUCUGGUCCCCGUCACCAUUCUGGGGGCAGUCGCUCUGCCGAAUGCCAGGGCAGCCCAGGCCACCAACAUUACGACCGACCUCUAUGCCGACUCCUGGGAAGGCUGGGGUGUGUCCCUCGCCUGGUGGGCAAAGGCGUUUGGGGAUCGAGAUGACCUUGCAGACGUUGUUUUUACGAGAAAUUCGACUUAUUGGGAGCCCGGAAACCAGACACUACCUGGACUAGGCCUGAAUAUUGUCCGUUACAAUGCAGGUGCCUGUUCGUGGAACACCAUCAACGGAUCCGUCACGAUGUCGGCAUCUCCAAAUAUUCCAGCAACAAAGCAAAUUGAAGGGUACUGGCUCGAUGGCCUUAGCACAGACCCCAGAUCCUCCAGCUGGAACUGGACCGUCGAUGCUAGCCAGCGGGCUAUGAUGCUGAAGGCACAGGACAGAGGCGCCAAUAUCUUUGAACUCUUUUCCAACUCGCCAAUGUGGUGGCAGCUCAACAACCACAACCCCAGUGGAGCUGAUGAUGGAGGUAGUAAUCUACCUUCACAACUGGGGGUUACCUUUGACUCCAUCGAGCCAUUUAAUGAGCCUUCGUCAAACUGGUGGAAAGCCUCGGGGACCCAGGAAGGCUGCUAUAUUGGCGCAAGUGCGCAGAAGUCUAUUGUCCCGAUUCUUUACGAGCAGAUGAAAACGCGGAACCUUGACAAAACAAUCAUUUCCGCUUCGGACGAGAACUCAUACCAACUGGCCCUCAGUUCUUGGAAUACUAUCGGUAGAUCUAUCCAGGAAGCAAAUAUCGGACGCAUGAAUACGCAUGGCUAUUCAGGGUCCAGUGGGCCACGCGAUGAUCUCCAGACGCUUGCCCGUGGCGUCGGACAAAAGGUGUGGGAUAGCGAGUAUGGAGAUAACGAUGAAAGUGGAGAUACCAUGACAAAGAACAUCAUCCUCGAUUUGAGGAUUUUGAAGCCAGACGCCUGGGUGCAAUGGCAGAUUCUUGAUGGAUCUGGUUGGGGCCUGAUUAGUGCCGACAUUUCCUCUGGAACGUUGAACGGCGCCACCCACAAAUACUACGAACUGGCUCACUUUACUCGUCAUAUUCGGCCUGGCAUGCAGUUAUUGGAGACCAACUCAACCAAUGUGGUAGCGGCGAUUGAUCAGAGUAGCCACACGCUGGUGAUUGUCGCUGCCAACUGGGAUGGCCAGGAAACUUUCGAGUUUGACCUGUCAGCGUUCUCGAAGAUCCCGGGUGAUGGAACCAAAAUUCGAGGAUGGAAGACCGAUCGGGUCGGUGACAGUCUGUAUUCUAGUUUUGGGAACAUUGCGGUCCAGAAUGAGAGGAUCUCAACGUCGUUUGAAAAUGGUACUAUUCAGACCUUAGAGAUCGACGGGGUAUACUUGUGA